AUGCGCAAAGGCCAUUUCCACAUUCGACUCCUUAACGAAAUGCCUGUGGUCGACCCCUAUCACCAACGAGUCAAGCUGCGACUCUACCUAUCCGCAAUUUGCCCCACCAUGUACGGAUCGGAGACUCGAGCAGCACCAUCUACGGUGAUGGAGAGGCUUGAUAGCGCGGAAAGGAAGCUGCUUAGACGGCUGCUUGGCUACUUUGGGCCUAGGGCAUGCCACAAUGAAAAGCUUUACGCGGAAGUCGAUGUGGUGUACCGGCAGAUGAUACGUGCAAGAUAUCAACACCUCGGACCGCCAUCGAAAGUGGCUACAGAAAAUCGCUUUCGCUUCCUUGGUCAUAUAAUAAGGAGAUCAGCAGAUCGCCUUGUUCAAUGA